AUGUCAUUCACGGCCUCGGCUGCGACCGCCUUAUUUACAAUCCUUGCCGAUGACUCCGACGAUGACGAUGGAGGCAGGCGUUGGGGAGACCAGACAAAGUCGCGUGAUUUGUACACUCAGUUCGUGAUCAGUUUCGCGCUGGGACUCGGCGCAUUCAUAUCGUUCUGUGUCCUGAGACCAAAAUGGACGGAGCUCUAUGCCGCACGGAGGCGACAACGUUGCGCCGCUUCGGGGCUACCAGAGCUGCCGGAUAGCUUCUUCGGAUGGAUACCGGUACUCUAUCGGAUUACGGAAGAGGAAGUCCUGCACUCUGCAGGUCUGGACGCAUACGUGUUCCUCUCGUUCUUCAAAUUCGCGAUCAGGCUACUACUGUUCAUCUUUGUCUUUGCUGUUACCGUGAUCCUUCCGCUUCACUUGAAAUAUACAGGCCAGUCCGGUUUUCCGGGGUGGGAUGAUAUGGAUCCACCAAAUAACCAGACUAUGAGCGCGAUCGGUCUACUGGGCAAGGAAAAGGACAAGGACAAGCUUGUGACCGACCCUGGAUAUAUCUGGAUCUACGUUUUAUUCCCCUAUAUCUUCAGCGGUAUGGCUUUCUACCUGCUCCUCCGGGAGACAAACCAAAUCAUCCGCACUCGACAGACGUAUCUCGGAAAUCAGACUACUACUACUGACCGCACCGUUCGCUUGUCCGGGGUUCCUCAAGACUUGACCAGCGAAGACAUGAUCAAAGAUUUCGUGGAGGGACUCCGUGUGGGCAAGGUGGAGUCCGUCACACUGUGCCGAAAAUGGGGUGAACUGGACCGCCUGAUUGAUGAACGGAUGGAAAUUCUCCGGCAAUUGGAACGCGCUUGGACUAAACACCUCGGAUACAAACGCCCUCGGAGGGAUGGGAAUACAUUGCCCCUGACCCAUCAACCCCCAUAUACCAGAGCCCGGUUACGUCUGGAGGAGGAUGACGAGACAUCUCAAUUGCUAGACGGCGCUGACCACGAACAUGUUUCGGGAUAUCUCCACGAGCGACCAAAAGUUCGUAUCUGGUACGGUCCCUUCAAAUUGCGUUUCCGUAUGAUCGAUGCAAUCGACUACUUCGAGGAGAAGUUGCGCAAAAUCGACGAGCAAAUCACUUCCGCCCGCGAGAAAGAGUAUCCUCCAACGGAGAUCGCCUUUGUGACUAUGGAAUCCAUUGCAGCUUCUCAAAUGCUGGUCCAGGCCACUCUUGACCCGCAUCCCAUGCAAAUGUUUGCUCGGCUUGCUCCCGCGCCAGCGGAUGUCGUCUGGAAAAAUACCUAUCUCUCUCGUACUCGGCGAAUGACACAGUCCUGGCUCAUCACCGCUGUGAUUGGUUUCCUCACUAUCUUUUGGUCCGUUCUUCUGGUUCCAAUCGCGACUUUGCUGCAACUGGAUACACUGCACAAGAUUAUACCGUCUCUCGCGGAGACAUUGGCCGAGCAUCCCAUUCUCAAAUCUUUGGUUUCGACUGGUCUGCCGACUUUGGCCUUCUCCCUGUUGACGGUCGCUGUUCCGUAUCUCUAUGAUUGGCUCUCAAAGAACCAAGGCAUGAUGUCUCGUGGCGACGUUGAACUUUCUGUCAUCUCGAAGAACUUUUUCUUUUCCUUCUUUAACCUGUUCCUCCUGUUCACCGUUUUCGGUACCGCGACCACCUUCUACAGUUUCUGGGAGCGCCUGCGCGAUGCAUUCAAAGAUGCCACCACGAUCGCCUUUGCCCUUGCAACAUCCUUGGAGGGGUUCACGGGCUUCUAUGUUAAUCUCUUGGUUCUCCAAGGACUGGGUCUUUUCCCCUUCCGACUGUUAGAAUUUGGCAGCGUCGCAUUAUACCCCUUGCAGUUCUUCCGCGCUCGAACUCCCCGCGAAUACGCGGAGCUUGCCACGCCGCCAAAAUUCAGUUACGGCUUCUCUAUUCCCCAGACCAUCUUGGCUCUGAUCAUUUGCAUCGUCUACAGUGUUUUCCCCAGCUCGUGGUUGAUUUGUCUAUUCGGUUUGGUUUACUUUUCGUUCGGCCAGUUCAUCUACAAGUAUCAACUCUUGUAUGCUAUGGACCACCAGCAACACUCAACCGGUCGUGCAUGGCCGAUGAUCUGUAACCGGCUGUUUGUCGGCCUGGUGGUGUAUCAUCUGGCCAUGAUUGGAGUACUCGCCUUACGUGGCGCGAUCACUCGUUCAUUGCUCCUCGUCCCUCUCCUGGGCUUCACCAUGUGGUUCUCCUACUGGUUUUCACGAACCUAUGAACCACUGAUGAAGUUCAUCGCGCUCAAGAGUAUCAAUCGUGACCAGCCUGGCGGUGGAGAGGUCUCGCCAUCGUCUUCCUCCACUUUCUCCCCAUCAACAGGCAUGGAUCGUGAUGCGCUCCCGAUCCGAAUCGGUAGCCAGGAGCUUGGUUUGCGGUUGAAGAAGUACGUCAAUCCGAGCUUGAUCCUGCCUCUGCAUGAUGCCUGGCUUCCUGGUCGCAGCCCUGACCAGAUCAACGGUGCAUCUCCGCCUGCACAUCCAGACCUCGCGGAUAUUGUCUCCAUUUGA